AUGGCUCUUACGGUUGAGGAUAUUCAUAAAAUAAUAAUGGUGGGGAAGUUGAGGAAGGCAAAAAGUGCGGUGAGAGAAGGCAGAACUUUCAACGAAGUGGCGAGAGGUAUUCGUAUUGAUGAUGAGGUUUCUAGUCUUAUCCCCAAAGUUUAUUUCAAGGAAGUUGGGCCAAGCGGGGUGGACAAAGGGAAUAAUGUGUUGUCUAAUCCAAGCCUUUCUCAGGAGGAAAAUAGUAUUUCUGCUCUUACUACUUUUAAAAGCCCCAAGAAAAGAGCUAGAGAACUAUUUGAAGAAGUCUAG